AUGCCAUCUGCUGUUGUUUCAGCAGCCAUGGUGCAGUCGCUAUGGCGUCCUGAUAUUUCAGCUGACAGCAUUACUGGUACAUUCGGCAAUAUGAUGGUAGAUAUACAAGGCGAUUUGGAAAUACAGAUAGAAAAACUAGAAUAUAAUGACAGCAACGUAGGAAAUUUGUUAAUACUUCAAGAUGGAGUAAAAUGUCUGAAGUAUGGAGUUCUAACCUAUGAUAUGGAUACCAAGGAUGCGACUUUGAUCGUAGGAAAACAGCGACUAUUAGGGAAAGUUGUUAAGUUAGAUGAGCCAUUGGCCCUAUUUGACUUUGAUGAGAGCACAGAGAAAGUGAAUCUAAUAGAUAUAAUAACACAUAAGUGCCUAUUUAAAGAACGGCCUUUGCCGAUUAUGUGA